CCUUGACUUCCUUUCUCAGAAGAGCCCUUCUCUGCUGAAAACUCCAGCGGAAUCAGGAGUCUUGCAGGGGGGAAGGAGGGGGUCUUCCCUGGGGCAGCCCCGCUCCCCAAUCCCGGACUCAGCACCUAGGACUCUGGCUCUCCCUCCCGCCGCCCUACCCCGCGACGGCCAAGUGAACUUGUUCCGCGGAUAUUUUGGAACCUCCACCUGCCACACCGGAGCGAUUCCUUUUAGCGCCCCCUCCUCCCCCAAGAUCAUUCUUCCUUUCUUCCAGCUGUUGCAGACUGGGGGGGUUGGAAGGACCAAAAAGCAACCUCGCCCCCCCUCCUUCACAUACACACCCAUUCUUUCUUUUUAUUUUGCACCCCUCCUGGGAACGGUGAAGUGCUUCUUCUGCAUGCUUUUAGCUGAAGGAUGCUCUGCAUUUCCUUGAUUUCUAUGGAGAACUUAGAGUCGGGUUUGCCCCUGCUGACAUCUCAUCUUACAUCUUCUCUACCUCCCAGUGUCUUUGCCUCUAUCAAUAGUUUGCCAUUGCCCCUGGGUCCAGGAAGCCUGUGAUGAACUUCAGGGGAGAACCUGGAAUCCUCCUGAUAGACUCUGAAUGGCAGUGGCUGGACAUGCAUCAAUUCACAUGCUAACAUGGGUCAAGCCAUCAAUAGAGAGCAAGUGCUAAGACAAAAAACCUAUUUGCAUUUUAUUUGAAUUUGAAGGACGACGGAGCUUUGGACCUUUCUCAUGGCAGAAAAAAUAUUUUCUGUUCUCUAAGCACAAGUGCUCUCUGUCUGAUAUGUGCUGCUUUUGAAUCUUGCAGCAGCUUCAUCCCCACUGCAUCCCAGAUGUAUGUCCAAAUUUGAAAUCCACCCUAACACAGGUGUUGGAGAGAUUCCAACAUUUUUAGACUUGGACGUGAGCAUAUUAUGCUGUUUAGCUAGACCAAUCAAGCCCUGAAGAGCAACUUCGAAUUUGUGGGAAGGAAGAGCAUGGGCUGUGCAGCUUUAAAAACAGAAAAUGCAAAGUUGGACUGAAAAUAUCUUUCAUCUUCCAAGCAAUCUGCUGAAGGGAUCCAAACUUACCUUACUUUUGUGAGAAAAGAAGCCGCCCUCCUUUUCUUUCUUCAUCAACCACUGGAGCCAGCCAUUUCCCCAAACCACCACCAUGGAGGUUGCAAUGGUGAGUGCGGAAAGCUCAGGGUGCAACAGUCACAUGCCUUAUGGUUAUGCAGCCCAGGCCCGGGCCCGGGAGCGGGAGAGACUUGCACAUUCCAGGGCAGCAGCAGCAGCUGCAGUGGCCGCGGCCACAGCUGCAGUGGAAGGAAGUGGGGGUUCUGGAGGGGGCUCCCACCACCACCACCAGUCCCGUGGGGCCUGCAGCUCCCAUGAUGCCCAGAGCAGCCGGGGUAGUCGGAGGAAGAAGAAACAGCGGCCUGAGAAGAAGAAAGUUCACCACCGGCAGAGCAGCUUUCCUCAUUGCUCCGACCUGAUGCCCAGUGGCUCUGAGGAAAAGAUUCUGAGGGAACUGAGUGAGGAAGAAGAAGAAGAGGAUGAGGAUGAGGAUGAGGAAGAGGAGGGGAGGUUUUACUAUAGUGAGGAUGACCAUGGGGAUGAGUGUUCCUACACGGACCUGCUGCCUCAGGACGAUGGGGGUGGCUACAGUUCUGUCCGCUACAGUGACUGUUGUGAACGAGUGGUGAUCAACGUGUCAGGCCUGCGAUUUGAGACCCAGAUGAAGACUCUGGCUCAGUUUCCAGAGACUUUGCUGGGGGAUCCUGAGAAGAGGACUCAGUACUUUGACCCUUUGCGUAACGAGUAUUUCUUUGACAGGAACCGGCCCAGCUUUGAUGCCAUCUUAUACUAUUACCAAUCAGGAGGUCGCCUGAAGAGGCCUGUCAAUGUCCCCUUUGACAUCUUCACUGAAGAGGUGAAGUUUUAUCAGCUGGGAGAGGAGGCCCUGCUCAAGUUCCGGGAGGAUGAGGGCUUUGUGAGAGAGGAGGAGGACAGGGCGUUGCCAGAGAAUGAAUUUAAGAAGCAGAUUUGGCUCCUCUUUGAGUAUCCUGAGAGCUCCAGCCCAGCUAGGGCCAUAGCCAUUGUCUCAGUCCUGGUCAUCUUAAUCUCCAUUGUCAUCUUCUGCCUGGAAACCUUGCCUGAGUUUAGGGACGACAGGGAUCUCAUCAUGGCACUGAGUGCAGGCGGGCACGGUGGGCUGUUGAAUGACACCUCGGCACCCCACCUGGAGAACUCAGGGCACACAAUAUUCAAUGACCCUUUCUUCAUCGUGGAGACAGUUUGCAUUGUUUGGUUUUCCUUUGAGUUUGUGGUCCGCUGCUUUGCUUGUCCCAGCCAGGCCCUCUUUUUCAAGAACAUCAUGAACAUCAUUGACAUUGUCUCCAUUUUGCCUUAUUUCAUCACACUGGGCACCGACUUGGCCCAGCAACAGGGGGGUGGCAAUGGGCAGCAGCAGCAGGCCAUGUCCUUUGCCAUCCUCAGGAUCAUUCGUCUGGUUCGUGUGUUCCGGAUCUUCAAACUCUCCAGGCACUCCAAGGGCCUGCAGAUCCUGGGCCACACCCUCCGAGCCAGCAUGCGGGAACUAGGCCUCCUGAUCUUCUUCCUCUUCAUCGGGGUCAUCCUGUUUUCCAGUGCUGUGUAUUUCGCAGAGGCGGAUGAACCGACCACCCAUUUCCAAAGUAUCCCAGAUGCAUUUUGGUGGGCUGUGGUGACCAUGACAACUGUGGGCUAUGGAGACAUGAAGCCCAUCACUGUAGGGGGCAAGAUCGUGGGGUCCCUGUGUGCCAUUGCUGGUGUCUUAACCAUUGCUUUGCCAGUGCCAGUGAUUGUCUCUAACUUUAACUAUUUCUACCACAGAGAGACUGAAAACGAGGAACAGACACAGUUGACGCAGAAUGCAGUCAGUUGCCCAUACCUCCCUUCUAAUUUGCUGAAGAAAUUUCGGAGCUCUACUUCUUCUUCCCUUGGGGACAAGUCAGAGUAUCUAGAGAUGGAAGAAGGAGUUAAGGAAUCUCUCUGUGCUAAGGAGGAGAAGUGUCAGGGAAAGGGGGAUGACAGUGAGACAGAUAAAAACAACUGUUCUAAUGUGAAGGCUGUGGAGACUGAUGUGUGAAUCUCUGUCUCCACUCCCUGCCCCAGCCCUGCAGCUCCAGCAUCUCCAAAUAUAUUUAUGCAUAGAGUACAGUUAUGAAAAUGAAAUAUGCAAAUGAACCCAAUGCAUAUAGUAGUACGCCAUUUAAUGGUUAUACAUGGCAUAAUUGUUACUAAACUUGUAUUACAUAUCAAAUAAAUGAUACAUCUUGGAGAAAAAAGGGAGGCUUAAAUAGGAGCAAAUCUAUCUUUAUAUUUUUUACUAGAAUGAAAGAGAUUUUGCACAUUAAUGGGAAAAGAUGUUAAAAGUAAAGAUGGUUUUAUGGAGAGAAUGUGAGUGUGUGUGCGUGCGUGUGUGUGGGUUGUAUGUGUGUGUAAGUAAAUUGUCAACAUUGUUAGUAAUUGUGAAGUGACAGGAGAAGUUGGCAUUUUAAAGUAUUUACUAUGUAAGACAUUAUGAAUUUGAGCAGUCAUUUAUCAGUGCUUUAAUAACAUCUCAUAUCUUUGGAUUCUAUAGUUGUUGCUUUUUUAAAAAAAAUAAUUGUAAGAAUUACUGUGUAAAAAAAGUGGAUUAUUUAAUAGAAUAUAGGUCACAAUUUUAUCUUGGAUUUAAUUAAAAGUUUAUUUUUAACUGGAAAUUAACUUUUAAAAAGGCUGCAGGGGCCUUUAGAAAUUGAUUAUAUUUUAUUAUAAUUUUGGGAUGAUAUGACAGCAAAUGCUUAUUAUUAUGGAAGAAAUGAAAUUGGAGAAAAUGUAACAAGUUUUGUUCACAGAUAACAGGACUGGAUUUUUUUUUCUUUUCUUUGCACUACUUGAUAUGCUGGAGACGGAGAGAGACUUCAUACUGUGAAUGUUUACUAAUGUAACAGUUCAAUGACAAUCAUUGGAAGAAUAAUUUCUUAGUCUU